CUCUCGCAUCCCCUCCCUCAAUCCCAACCAGGAUACAUACUAUCUACCCGACAGUUCCUACAAUCAUGCCCCACAGCUCCCGCAAAAAGCCUUCCCCCUCCAACCACAAACGGCAGCAAAUCACCGACUCGUCAGGCUGGACGCACGUCACCACCAACCAAAACGCCCGUCGCUGUGCGCGCACCACCAGUACCACCAGCUCUCCCAACUCCAACUCCAACCCCAACCCCAAUCCCAACUCCCACCCCCAGAAACACCAAACCCAACAACAACAACAGCAACAACAACAACAAGAACAACAACAAGAACAACAAGCCAUAACCCUCCACCCCGCCUCCGCCCCUCCGAACCUCACCCUCCCCGACCUCCAAUCCCAACUAACCCACUACACGCGCAAAUAUGCCUCCUCGGCGACCAGCCGCGCCGUGACGGAGACACUUUGCGGCCAGCGCGCGCUCCUACAAUCGGUGGAUAAUAUCGUGUGCAUCGGACUGGGGAGUCUCAGUGGGUUGCUGCGCGGGGGAUGGGUCGAUCGCCGGAAUGUUUCGCUAUUUCAACUGGCCGCGUUGGUGGGGGUGGGGGGGUGUUUUGUUGACCAACCCCCCAAACCACCAACACCAACUUACGCACAAGACCCCGUCUUCAACACCCUCGACACCACCCUCCUAACGACCCUCUCCAUAACCGUCCUCUCGCACCCCCACGCCUUCAAAAAAGUGACCCCCAACACCCUGCUCUUCUGCCCCGGCGCAGAACGCACCCAUCUCGAGCAACUGCUCGUUCAUAAGCCCGCGAUCGUGUUCGGGGGACCACUGGAGGACGUCGAGUCCGAGGUGAUCCAGGGGUUUGUGCGCGAGAGGGCCUCGACGCGGUUGCCGGUUUUUGAGGAGCUGGAGGCCGCGUUUUGGGGGAUGAGGGUUUAUUAUAGGGUUGAUGUGGAGGAGGAGGAUUAGAUUGAGGGGGAAAUGAGAAAAAUGGGGGGAGAGCGAAAGGGGAG